AUGGGAACACGCGCAGUAGACCUGCUUUCAGUGUACGAUCGCAACCAGGAAGCGACGCUCUACGUCGGCAAUGUGGACACUCAAGUCGACGAGGAGCUGCUGUGGGAGUUUUUCGUUCAGGUGGGACCCGUGAAGCACGUGCACAUCCCGCGGGACAAGGUCACCGGUCACCACCAGGGAUACGCGUUCGUGGAGUUCGAAAGCGAGGACGACGCGGACUACGCGAUACGCAUCCUGAACUUCGUCAAGCUCUACAACAAGCCGCUCAGGUGCAACAAGGCUUCGCGGGACAAGCAGAACUUUGAGAUAGGAGCCAACCUGUUCAUCGGCAACCUCGACGCCGACGUUGACGACAAGCUGCUUCACGACACUUUUGCGUCAUUCGGGAACAUCCUAUCGGCGAAUGUGGUGCGAGAUGCAGAUGGCGCUGAGGGGAAGACCUAUGCAUUCGUCUCCUAUGACAGCUUCGAAGCCAGUGACGCCGCCCUGGCGGCCAUGAACGGACAGUUCCUCUGCAACAAACCCAUACACGUGUCAUACGCGUACAAAAAGGACACCAAGGGAGAGCGGCAUGGCAGCGCCGCGGAACGCCUCAUCGCAGCCAACCGGCCUCAGGAGUUCCUCAGCCAGAUGGGUGUGGCGCCUUACGGUGGAGCAACCGCACAGGCACCGCCGCAGGCGGCACCGGUGUACCCGCCUUUGGUGACCAACCCUCCGAUGGGAAUGCCUCCAGUCAUGCCACCAGCCCAAGUGCCAAUGCCGAACGUGAACGCCUACCCUCGGCCGGCGGGGGUGCCGCCAGUGACGGUGCCGGUCCCGGGCAUGCCGCCGGUUCCGACUAUACCCCCAGCACCGCCAAUGAUGGGGAUGCCGCAGAACAUGCCGCCUCCACCGCCAAUGUACAAGUGA